AUCAUUUGUCCGCCAUUUUGAGGGCAGGGACAUGAGAGCCACAAAAUGGCGGCGGCCUGAGAACAACUUCCGUGAUGCCCAGAAUGUUUUGAGGAGCAAGGAACGUCGCAAUUAAUAGUCUCGAGAUGAACCCCUUAGUUUCAAGUCUUUCGAACGCACAUCGAGGUGCGUCCGUGGGCUAGUUUAAAUCGGGGAUCUCUGUUGUUCAAAAGCUAAACAGACUGUGUUAGCUUAGCCUAGCCGUUAACAAAGACGCGCGUCAAUCAGCAGGCACAAAGUGUGUAAAAUGUGCGCGAGAUGGAUAGCAGCAUUAGAGUGGGACGAGGAAUUUUGUGGAACAAAAGAGGAGCUACGACCUCAACCAGUGGAUGACAUUUUUAACAACAAGCUGCUGGCAGACGUCAGCGAUACGCACUAUCCUCUCAUCAUAAAGGAAGAGGAAGAGUCGUCACCCAUUAAAGAGGACGAGGAGCAGGAUAAUGUGGAGUUGCCUGGUGUUCCUUUUAAGAUUGAAGACGAAGGUCCAAGUGAGGUGAAGAGAGAGGCGGAGCCUCCGAGUAGCUACAGCUCUGCAGUAGUUAACAGAGACCGCCAUGGAGGAUCACCAACAGAUGGCAUAGCAGCUCCUCUAUCAGAGCGUGAUGACACCAUGUCAAGAUUGCCUUGUGCGCAUGAUGAAGGAAAGUCUGAAAGUCAUAAAACGGGUGACAGUGACAUCAAAAACUGGAAAUGCUCCCAAUGCGGAAAAAUGUAUAGUUACAAGUCUGGGCUGAACAGGCAUAUGAAAAAACACGCUGGACAAGAACCUUUGGUCUGCUCAAUUUGUGGUAAAAUAUUUUCUAUUAAGGAAUCCUUAAUACUUCACACGAGGACACACACUGGGGAGAAGCCUUUUUCCUGCUCAGUUUGUGGUGAAAAGUUUAGUCGGAAACCGUACUUAAAACGACACACAAGAAGACACACUGGGGAGAAACCUUUUUCCUGCGCCAUUUGCGGUCAAAGAUUUGCUCAGAUUGUAAACUUGACAAACCACACAAGAAGACACACUGGGGAGAAACCGUUUUUCUGCUUUGUUUGUGGCCGAAGAUUCACUGAGAAGGGACACUUAAAAGUUCACGUAAGAACACACACUGGUGAGAAACCCUUUUCCUGCUCAGUUUGUGGUCAGAGGUUCUCAUUCAAGGCAAAUUUAACAACACAUACAAGAAUCCACACUGGGGAAAAACCUUUUCCCUGCUCAGUUUGCGAACGAAGAUUUGGUCAGAAAAGAGAUUUGAAAAUUCACACAAGAACACACUCAGGGGAGAAACCUUUCUCCUGCUCAGUCUGUGGCCAAAGAUUUGCUCAGAAGGAAACCUUAAAGAUUCACAUGAGAACACACAGUGGUGAGAAACCUUUUUCUUGUUCAGAGUGUGGCCAAAGAUUUGCUCAUAGGGUUGGUCUAAAAAUUCACAAAAGAAAACACACUGGUGAGAAACCUUUCUCCUGCUCAGUUUGUGGUCAAAGAUUCUUCUGGAAGUAUCAGGUCAAGAAACACGAGUGUGUUGGUGCAAAAAGCAGUAAUCAAUGAAGUUUUUGCUUGCCAUCAAAAUUGUCAUUUGUAUACUUUGGUCCUUCUUACACACCUCCUGUGGCCAAGUGUUGAAGAUUCACAAGUCUGCUAAAAACAUUUAAAUGCAAUGAUUGAGCUACUAUGUCCACCAUUUUAUUAUGUGCGUAUUCAGUGAGCAGAUGACUGAAAUUGAAAACUGAGUAAAAGGAGACAUUUUUUGUGAUCACAUGUAUUUUGCAACCGUCUACAUGUAUGGCAAGAGCUAGUAUAAAUGACCUUCAUUUGAAAGAUGGUUGCUCAAAGAAUCCAAAUAUGCAAGUCAUUGGCUGCCAUUGACACUGUAAAUGUCCAAUCCACUUGAAGUGGGAGGGUGGCAGCAAACAUGUUAAUUCGCUGCCAACCCUCCCACUUUAAACCAAUUGGACGUCUACUAGUGAUAAACUCAUUUCAGAGUUUUAAUUGAGUUUUUCAGAGAUUUUAAGAUCUCAUGUAUUUUAUGCUAUUUGCUUGGUUGACACUGCUAUGUCCCUGGAUAAAUAACGGUAGGAUAGAUAUAGAAAUGGAUAAUAGCAAUGUGUGUAUUAAGGAAGAGGAUUCAGACACGGUAAAGCAGAUAUUUAUAAAUGUUAUUCUUCAUUUUGUGUAAUCUUGGUAUGUGUAAAUAAAAGUCUCAGAACCGAAUCUCCAUUUUUCUUGUUCAUUUACUCCAUGGCAUGCUUUUGAGCGGCUGCAUUUGGAGGUAGUCCUGGCAAAAGAUGUGAUUCUGGCUUUUUCAUAAAUCUCCUUGAUGCUCCUGUAAGUACGUUAAAUAAAAUCAAAAGAAAGGGUUCUCAACACGUACGCAUAG